UCACUUUUGUGGGUGGACUCGCCGCCGGCGCGGUUGCCCGUCCGGUCCCACAAUGGCGGAGGGGCUCUGGACGGCGCUGCUCUUAGGAAUGAUGUUGAUUGCGGCGAAGGUGGAGUCUCCACCAUUGCAAUCCAGUUGUGGGAAUGGAGAAUAUGACUAUUCUGGGAUUUGCUGCAAAAACUGCCCUGCUGGUACCCAUGUUGAUGAACCCUGCACCAUGCCACAUACUUUGGGCCAUUGCGCAGACUGUACGGAAGGAGAGGAUUACACUGCUCAUGAAAAUGGUCUUGAGAUGUGUCUGCUUUGUGAUGAAUGCAAAUCAGAUAAAACAAUGGUGAAGGCUUGCACUGUACGCAGUAACACUGAAUGCAAGUGUAAUGAUGGAUAUUACUGUCCUCCAGACUGUGAAGAAUGUCUAAGGUGCAAGACAAGGUGCCCAGAAGGCCAGGUAACUUUGCAAAAUUGCAAUGCGACUGCAGACAUGGAGUGCGGACUACCUCCUACAGGCAUUUCACACGUUGAUGAUAUUUCCAUAUGGUCCAUCCCUCUGUCUCUUGUUGCUGUUGGUUCUGUGAUCAUUGUUGUAAUCAGUAUUUUCCUAUGUUACAAAAAAUGCUGUGUCCCUUGCAGGAAUGAAGAAAAAAGUGCCAGUGAUCGCUUGAGUGCUGAUAGCACUGUUGACUUGUUGCCAAGCAGGAAAAACUCAAACACAGAUGCGCUUCCUACUGAGAGCCAGGAAGUACGAACUUAUUGUGCUGAUCCUGAUUUUGAAUCAAGUUGUUCUGACUUGCCUGAGAAUAUCAACUUACCCUCAGGCAAUACACAGGAAGCAUCUAGCUCUGGAGCUGUUCCACUACUCCAUUUGACAAACAAAUCUGGCACUCACAAUGUAAAAUCAAAUGUUCAGCCAUCUAACAGUGAACAUUCUGCAGUGAUUAAGCCUUCUCAUGAUGAGCUGAAUGAAAUCUGUGAGGAGUUAACAAAUAGGGUGCUGGUACGUGACUGGAUGAAGCUUAUGAGGAACGCUGGUUUAUCAGACAAUGAAAUAGACACCAUAACAUAUGAUUAUCCUUCUGAUACCCAUGAACAAAAGCAUCGCAUGUUAAAAACUUUAUAUGACAGGUUUGGAACUCAGAAUGCUUUAUGUAAAUUAUUAAAUGGACUACAGCAAAUGAAGCUUAUCAAUAUUUAUGAAAAUCUACGGAACGAAUUAUUAAGCAAGAAUAUAAACAUUGUAAAGGACAAAGGCAAAUGUCUCUAUUUUGUUAAAAAAUCAGAGGUACAAAAUCUGUAAACUACAACCUGUGGAGUUCUAUCUUUCAUACAUGACCUCAUUUAAUGUAUGUUAAUUUUUGUUGAAAGGCUUCAAAAUAAAAGUGCCAGACAUGGAAACUCAUACCAUUUGUUAAAGGCUGGCAUGAUGCACACAUGUUAUGUGUAUGUUGGCAAUAAUGGCUGUACUUGAACAGCUAUGAAAUUGCUUUACUUGAUCUUUUUUCAAGAAAGAAACUGGAACAAGUUUUAAAAUUAUCAGAGGUUGUGUCAUCCAUACUGACUGAGAUUUUAAAAAAUGAACACAAGUAAUAAGAUGAUGAAAUUUCUUUUCCAGUGUCAAAUUAAGCGGGUAGGUAUUGAAAUAACUUGGAUUUUUACACCAAUUAUUGAAUGUAUUUAUAUGCAGCUUCUAGGAAGCUGUAAUUUAACAGUUUUUUAUCUGGAAUAAGAACUCCAUUUAUAAGCUCCUGUAUGAGUAGCCAGUUAUAUGUCCCACCCAGGGCAUUUUUCUGGGAAAAGAGGUGGUGGAACUCAGUGGUGGAGCUUAGGACUGCACAAUGACAUCACUUUGGGUCAGCUGGAACAAAGGGGUGAGUUUUUUAAAGUUUAAAUUGCCCUCAGUGAAAAUGGUCGCAUGGCCAGUGGCCCCGCCCCCUGAUCUCCAGACAGAGGGGAGUUUAGAUUGCCCUCCAUGCCACGGCCAUGUGACCAUUUUCAAGAGGUGCUGGAACUCCGUUCCACUGCGUUCCUGCUGAAAAAAAGCCUUGGUCCCACCAAUGAAACACAGGAUGGGAAAUUAUAGAAAUAGAGUGGUUCAGUGCUGGUGCUAUGGUGGCUGCAAGAGGUGGCUGACUGGGGCAUUUGUAACAUUUUGAUCUUUUAAAAAUGCCAUUCACUUUUUAUCUUUUGUAUAUAUUUUCUAAUAAACGCAUUUUAGAAUUU